AUGGCUGACACUGGCGAAUUUGAUGUCCACCGCGAGCUCAAACGCCGUCGAUGUGCUCCUACAAAUACUGGGACUGGCACUACAUAUACAUCUCCACGCGAAUAUGGUAUCAUGCGCAAAGACGAUACAUCUAUCAGCUUCCUUGGCAGCUCCAGCGGCAUCCACUUUGUCCGCACGGUUUAUAAUGCCUUUGCCCGUCGCUUCACAGACCUGCAACAGGCCAGAGACAGCGGACAUGAAACCGUAGUUCCCGGUGAAGAUGAUCAUAUUCACCGUGCUCGAGGUCAAGGCAAAGCUCAUACUUCCCUAUGGAAGAAGCAGGAGCUCGACACGACCAACCGGUCGCUUUCAUUUGAGGAAUUGGUACGAUUAACACAUCAUUAUUUCGAAGACUGGCAUCCAAUAUACCCUUUCGUCAAUGCGCCCCGUAUCCUUCGUGUUAUGGAGCAAAUCAGCCAAAAAGGGCUGAAGUCGAUUGAUCGGCUAGAUGCAAUCAUCGUUCGGUCUAUUAUCUCUAUUUCUGCAAUCAUGAGCCGAAUGGGCCUGACAUAUAAUCCGACCUCAACACCAACUAUUUCUGUGGAACUAGUAUAUCAGACGGUCCGUGAAGCUAUGAGCACUCUCUGGGAACUACAGACUGAAUCGCCUUCCAUUCCUCUACUGCAAGCCGCGUUCAGUAUCCAGUUGUUCUUAACUUCUAUUUUAUGCUUGAAUACCGCUUCUCGAGUCGGAGGUUUUGUGACUCGCAUGGCCUUCCACCUGGGCUUACACCGCUGUCCGACACGAUAUUCCUGUUUUACCAGUGAAGAUGUCACGAUGCGCCGUCGUAUCUUCUGGUCCAUAUAUUGCCUAGAACGAUAUCUCAAUCAAGCACUAGGAGUGCCACUUAGUAUUCGUGAUGAUGAUUUCGAUGUUUGCUACCCACAAGCCGAAAGACAUUCAGCGGGCCCAGAGGAUAUGGGUGUCAACGCAGAAGAUAGUCGCCUUAGACUCCUAACUCAUUUGGCUAAAUUUGCACGAUUGAGAGGCUUGAUUUCUGAGUUGCGGAACAAAUCGAUCAUGCAUAGCCAAGAAAAUCUGGCAGAUGCUGCUGAAGUGGACAGUGCACUUUUGAAAUGGUGGAAUGAGGUGUACGAUGAUGUCUAUACACUUGAAUCUGAUUCUGAAUCCCCUCUUCAACCAUAUCAAGCGUUGUUGCUCAUUGUGUCGAGGCAUGAGGCUACCAUUUCCUUGUAUCGACCACUCCUUGCCGCCCAUAAUCCCACUGCUGCAGAUUAUAAGACCGCUUUUCAACUUUGUAUCAACUCCGCCAGGUCUUUGUUGGUUGCUCUGUACGAUUAUAUUAACACUGCUCAGCAACGCGCUCCUCUAACAUCACCUUCAUUUACGUCAGCUGUCUGGAUGUCAUGUAUGAUUCUCAUAUAUGCGGCCUGGACCGGUCACUUCACCAACAAAGGCGCUUUGCGAUAUGCUCGCGUUGGAAUUUCUGUGCUUCGCAACAUUGCUAUAAGAGAAAGUGACUGGCCAGAGACAUGUAUCCAUGCUAUAGAAGAUUUAUGCUCAGCUAUGGAGAACAGCUCACAAAACGGCACACCGUCGGUCAGGCAAGAGGGUCAGCAGCUUAACCCUACAAUAUCAUCUCAACACAAUGACACACACUCAUUCCGAACAUCGACAUCAUCUAUUGACCAACACUCAAGGCUACGGAACCCUCGACUAUCAGAUCAUAAUCAAGAACGCUUCUCAGUCGCAAACAACCAGCAAUUCACUCCCUACCAAGUACAAUCACCCCCGAUAACCUUAGAUCAUCAAUCAAGGAUUUCUAUUGACGAGCAUCGCCAUCUUCAGGAGUACCUUGCGAAUCCCACGUACGAUAGCACUGGUAUACUGGCCAAAGAAAGCGACAUCUAUAAUCCAGCAAGUGUGGUGUUUGGAGAUUCUUCUGGAAACGGCCUUUCCUACGGCAUGGUCCCCCAAUAUGCGCCGACUUUCCCAACUUUGAAUGGAUUUUCGAUGAAUGAGGGGUGGACUGUAGCCGACGGACCAUGGCUCAUUCACGGCGACUUUGAUGUUUUAUGA